AUAAGUAAAUGAUAAAUUACAAAAUUAUAUCUAAACAGUUGUUAAACUAGUAUCGAAUGUCGUGUAGAAAAUCCUUUAAAUUUUUUUAUUUAUUUACAAGUUAGGGUGUAUUAUAAAUGGCAAGCUUUCAAAAAGACCAAAACUAUUUGGAUGAAACGGAAAGUGACGACGAAAUAGAAACACUAAGUCUGGGCGGUCGCCCGAAAUAUCAAGUUUGUCCGAACGGUGUUCACGUAGAACUCGAUGGAAAAGGCGAAGGAAGAGUGGCGAAACAUUUUAGGCCAGUGCAUAACGAGCAAACUCCUAAAAACCUUAGUGUAAAGCCAUAUUUUUGUCAGUCGAGACAUGGGAAAUGUGGAAACAGCAAGUCUCUGUACGAUGGCAAAAUGACCCUGGUCGUCGAUGACACGCGUUUUGUUGUAGAGAGAAACAUAUUUGAUUCAAGGCCAAAUACCAUGCUAGCCAGGAUGUUCUCUGCAUCUACUGAUUAUUGCAAGAAAAACGAAAAGGGUGAAUUUUUCGUAGCUCAAGGAGUUUCAUCCACCUUAUUUAAAUCAAUAUUGGACUACUACAGUGUUGGCAUCAUCAAUUGCCCUCCUAGUGUUUCCAUUCAAGAACUACGCGAGGCCUGUGACUAUUUGCUCAUUCCUUUUAGUGCAGCUGUCAUCAAAUGCCACAACCUGAGGGAGCUGCUUCACGAGUUGUCAAAUGAUGGUGCAAAGGAACAGUUUAGAAGAUAUUUAGAAGUGGAUAUUUUACCGUUGAUGGUUCAAGCGGCCAAGCUUGGUCGACGUGAAUGUCAUAUUGUCAUAUUGACUAAUGACGAUAUUGUCGAUUGGGACGAAGAAUAUCCUCCUAGUACGGGAGAAGAAGAUAUACAAAUUAUUUAUUCAUCGGACCUAAACGGGUUUUUCAAGUAUUUUGAAAACAGAGAUGUUGCCAAAGAGGUUCUGAAAGAACGCGGUUUAAAAAAAAUUCGACUUGGAAACGAAGGUUAUCCUACAACGAAGGAGAAGGUUCGACAACGUCAUAAUAGCAGCAGACCAGAAGUCAUUUACAAUUACGUGCAAAGACCUUUUAUUCACAUGUCUUGGGAGAAAGAAGACGGUAAAAGCCGCCAUGUUGAUUUUCAAUGCGUCAAGACCAAAGUAGGCACGAACGUUAUCGGUGCAGUGGACGAACCAGCAGCCUUAGCGGCCGUAUCCGGAGGUGAUAGCGUACCACCGCCUCCACAAGUUCUGCUGGGAUCUGAACCGGAAGACUGAGCCGGCAGACUAGUUUACUGAAUGCAUCAUGAAUUAGUAGAAUUUAGAAGAUCCAUCUCAUUUUCCUGAUUAUGGUUUUGCAUUCUUUCGGCAGACAGAUCAUCGUUGUUUAACAUAGUAUUUUUUCCAACGGUCAUGGCUCAUUUAAUCCGAGCGAGAAAAGUGAAAUUCUUGAUGGUGUACUAAUGGGAGUCUGACUUGUUUGCAAAAGAUUGAAAGUUUUUUUGUGUGGGGGGGUUGUAUGACGGGGGCGAAAACUUUGUUUCCACAUCUUUUUCACUUAAAAAAUGUACAAAAGAUCCAGUUUCGUGCACUUGAAAAAUUCUUUCAAACUUUGCUCGAACUUUUGCGUUUUACUCAUUUAAUUGUCUGCUGUUUCCAUCUUGUGAUUGAACUUUUUCUCGUUACCUACAUUAAACUGUAGUUUGAUCAACAAGAGAAUUAUCCAUAGAUUUUCCAUUGCAGAUAUUUAUCCGAUACUCAAUAAAUGCAUAUAAUAAGUAA